AUGGCUCUCACAACACCUCCUCGUGGGGUAACGCCUGGCGACCUUCUUCUCGUCGUUCAUGAUUUCGAUGCGCGCGGCCCUGAUGAGCUCACCCUGCGCCGCGGAGAGAAAAUUGAGCUCGUGGAGCUGGAUGAUGGGUUUGGAGAUGGGUGGUAUCUAGGCAAGGAUUUGAGUACGGGCUCAACUGGUCUUUUCCCAGGAGUUUACACCACUACUGCCCCGAGGAUUCCCACCAGACAGCGGCUAGAUGCCGAUGGCACGACCACAUUGGCCUCAGAGGUCGGGACGGAUUCCGAAUCGAGCCAGUUGGAAACCACAGACUCCCUCUCAUUUCCCCAGAGCGGCGAAUCCACCCCGCAUGUUUCUCGCCAUACCAGUGCCUCGGACCUGCGGGCUCCAGAGUUGCAAGGGGGCCCCGUCGCCCCAGCUUUUUCUCCGAAACAGCAGAACCGCUCCAGUUCCUCUCCGCUACCAACCUCCACUAUGAGCAUCGAUAUUCAACAGUCAAUUCGGCAGACCAUGGACGGCCACCAUGCCAAUGGCCAAGACAGCCCGGUCAUGAACGAGACGCUUAGCGUUAUCGACGAGCACAUCACCGACCUGAGCACGCCGCGCCAUAGUGUGGCCGGUCAGGAAUCCAAGCACAUGAACGACUCGGCCAGCGAGUACAGCAGCCACUUCGAGCACCGGAUGUCGUACAUCAAUGGGCACGAAACCGAUGAGGAAGAAGAGAACCAGCCGCGUGAAGAGCAGGUCCGGCAGUGGACGCCUGCAGAAACCGCCAAGCAGUUGCGGCAAUGGGGUGUCGAGGACAAGCACUGUGGCAUCUUCGAGGAUCAGGAGAUCACCGGCGAUGUGUUACUGGACAUGAACCAGGACUUUAUCUUCAUGAAGGAGUUUGAUUUUGGCGUCAUGGGGAGGCGUUUGAAGACCUGGCACAAGAUUCGAGCAUUCCAGGACGAAAUCAAGGGCGAACGAACACUCAGUCGCGCCAGCCAUACGGGCCCGCUCCUGCCCAGGAUCCCGACGCUGCGAGGGUCGAGCGGCACCCAGCACCCCCGCCUGGUCAGCAGUAGUAUGCAGAGCAACACCAGCUCGCCCAUCACGCCGCAGACACCCAACUAUGUGAACCAUUCUCGCCGACCGUCCGCCGCUUCCAUCCGCGAGAUCAACCACUCCCGACGCCACUCAUCCAUCGACACGACGAACCGGUACUCGGGUGCCCUUGAAGGUUCGCCAGGCAUCAACAAGCGCAGUUCGUUUGAUCGCGGUUGGACUUUGGCCACCGGCGCUCAGCGGCUGCCUCCUCGCCCUGGAACUGCAGCCGGCACGUCUCACCCUCAGGACAUGGGUUUCUUUUCCCAGCUGAGUCACCGCCCCUCAAACUCAAACGGGUCUGAUCCAGCUGUCUCCGUGACCGACGAAUUGGACCGGGGCUACUUCUCUGGGCCUGAGGGGGACAUGCGCAAGAACCGGCGCCUACAGAAACGCCAAUCUGCUGCAGGCAGUGCGGACUCGCGGUCAUCGAACUUGACGAAUGACCAGCUCCGCGUUGGUAAGCGCCAUUCGCGCAUUGGCAGCAUGGACUCUAUUCGGGAGUCUGUCAAGCAGAUGAAUCCUCCAGCCAAAUCCCACACCAGUCCGGUGCCCAAGGGCCGCCUCCGUAGCCUGAGCACCCGCAUCGUUGACCGCCGAGGACAGCAGUCAGCGCCCGCUUCCGCAGUAGAGGAUCGGCCCAGCGGUGCGUUAGGCUUGUUCGGUCCUCUGUUUGGAAAGUCCGACAGUGAUUCCUCGCGCUCGUCUGGUGUACCCUUGUCUCAACUCAAGGGUGCGGGACCGAAGUUCCGGCGUGCCAUGGGAAUCCGUGCUUCGUCUGACGUGGCGCCGAAGGGAAUUGAUACGUCGACGCCGCCGCCGGCCUCCCCCGUUCGGGACAAUGAUCCGUCGGCGCGGACCGGGUCGACCACCCCUUCAACAUCCAAGAGCUCGGAGCGACACAGCACGGACGGAUCAAAUAAGACCGCCGAGGGCGGGCUGUGGCCUCGAUCCCGGCCAUCCGUCAAGGCGGGGGUCAAGUCCAAGAAAGACACCAGCGCGUAUACCCGCGGGCUGGAAAAGAAAUCGCCACAAGAGCAGAUGGUGGGAUGCGAUUAUUUCGGGUGGAUGAAGAAGCGGUCUUCCAAUCUAAUGACGACGUGGAAACCCCGGCUGUUUGUCCUGCGGGGCCGGCGUCUGUCGUACUACUACUCGGAACAGGACACAGAGGAGCGUGGUUUGAUUGAUAUUACAGCUCAUCGAGUGUUGCGCGCAGACAAUGACCCCAUUGUGGCCCUCCAUGCCACCAUCACGGGCUCGACCGCAUCGCCGACUCCGGCCAGACCGUUCUUCUUCAAGCUAGUGCCGCCAAAGUCAGGGACAUCACGGACAGUUCAGUUUACCAAGCCGGCGAUCCAUUACUUCCAAGUGGACAACUCUCAAGGAGGCGCGGCUGAUGAACCAGCGUCCUCCAGCACUGAUGACCGGAUCGCCUAA